AAUGUGCUGUGGCCCAAAUCAAUGCAACAAAACAGCUCAAUACACAGCAGGGAUGUGCUUGUCUCGUCUUAAAGAAAAAAGCUUGCCUCUCCUGUUGUGUUUGUGUGUCAUUUGUACUCUCAACUGUGUCCAAUAUCAGCGUUACUAUCAUGAUGAUGAGAUCACCUCAGGUAGGCACUCGCAAGUGCUUAUAAACAAAACAAUCUGCGGCAGCACUGAUGGAAAUUGCUAAUUUUGCGUGUGGUGUCAUGAAUGGCUCAUCGUAGGAUUGCAAAGGACCGUUCGGGUCAAAACUGUAUCGAAUUGCCAUUUCUGGAAAUGCUCACCCCUAACAUAUGUACGUAAUACAUUCCUGGAUUCAAGCUUUUAACCCCAAGACUGUAAGGCAGACGUGCUAACCACUCAUCCGCCUUUUAUCAUCAAUACCUUAUAACUUUUUUUCUUUUUCCCAGAGACUUUGCGACUUUCUGACAGCACAGGCGUGAAACUUCGCGCCGCACCAACACAGACUGUUACUGGGUGUGACAUCACACACAUCAGGGAAGUUGCUCAGCCUUGAUGUUGAGGCCAACUCAGAUGAGAGAGUUGAUGCAAAUGAGCCAAUCACACUGACUGGCUGCACUGAUCUUCCUGCUUCGCCAUCUUUUGGUGUAACUGCUUUUUAGAUGUAUUUAUAUAUUUAUUUAUGUUACAUUUACCAGUCGCCCAAAAUAGGAUCGGCAGGCUUUCCAAAAGUAUGGCAAGGUGUAUACCAAUACCGAUAAACAGACUUACUUUAAAUGUAUUCUAAAACAUUUAUUUGUGGGGAGGCGUAGUGGGCGACUGGUUAGUGUGUCAGCCUCACAGUGCAGGGGUACUCGGUUCCAUUCCCACUCUGACCUUCCUGUGUGGAGUUUGGAUAUUCUCCCGGUGCCGGCGUGGGUUUUGUCUGGGUACUCUGGUUAAAAGUAAGGCAUUUAUUUGAAAAGAGGCCUGUAUUUUCAAGAUAAUGCCAAUUAACAUUUUAUUUUGUCAUGUCACAUCACUAAAGCCUAGUCAAUUAUCCUCGCAACCAGUUUCUUGCCCUGCCUCACCCACUGACGUUGACUUUGGCCUGUUUUACUGCCACUGCCCUUCUCUCCUACUUCCUCCUUUCCGGCUCAGAAAAGGAGGGCUAUGUGGCGAUGAGUGAAGUGAACCUUUUGUUGUAUUGAUUCUGCAUCGACUGACCAGGACUGCUCCCAAGAGAGCAGACGUACGAUGGCACGGAGCUUCUCGAUUGGCUGUUUGAUCACAAUGAUGGAAUCCUCCGGUACGAGGAAGCGGGACAACAAGGCCACCAGCAGCACCACUGGCCUGUGCAGGAACCAAAUAUGCUCCAGCUGACGGAACAGGCGGACGCCGACUUCCUCAACGCCCUCCUGAGCGGAGGCGAAUCGGUGUCGGACUCGCCGAUCUGGUCCCCUUCGCCAAGCGAUAGCGGUAUCAGCGAGGACCCGCCUUCAGAUCAAAUGGAUAGCCCCCAGAGACCCGAGAGUCCCUCCGGUGAUGUUCAUUGUUUGCGUCCGAGGUCACAGGCCAAAGCUGCCUUGGAGGCCCAAGUGCCCAUUAAACCUAAUGUCUGGAAGGACAAAUUCCCAGCAGAGAGGAUGAAAUAUCCACAGUAUUCUUCUGACAUGAACAGAGCGCCACUGUGCUCCGGCUCAGGUCUGACUGUGAAGGAUCUGCUCCUGAGCGGCACCGCCGAGCCGCCUCCGCAGCCAUACCAACAGUCCAUCCAAGAGCUGAUUCUCAAUGAGGACGAGAAGAAACUCCUCGCCAAGGAGGGUGUGACUCUGCCCGGCCAACUGCCACUCAACAAGUACGAAGAAAGGAUCCUGAAGAAAAUACGAAGAAAGAUUCGCAAUAAGCAGUCCGCCCAGGAGAGCCGCAAAAAGAAGAAAGAGUACAUUGAUGGACUGGAGAGCAGGAUGGCUACCUGCAGCGCACAUAACCAAGAGCUGCAGCGGAAAGUGUCUCAGCUGGAGAAAUGUAACAUAUCACUAAUGGAACAGUUGCGGCGGCUCCAAGCUCUGGUCAUGAAUACAUCUAACAAGUCAGCCCAGACUGGGACAUGUGUGAUGGUGCUCUUGCUGUCCUUCUCCUUAAUCCUCUUCCCGAGCCUCAAGCCCUACGCUGACACCAAAGUCAGCCAAGGAGACUUCAGCCCAGUAAGAAUCCAGUCACGGUCCCUGCAAAACAUGCAGGCCUCCCGCGUGCUGCAUGUCAUCGAUCCUCCGUUGCCCGCCCAAGACGAAUCGAAGUCAGUGCAUGCGCAUUUCUCAGGAGAUACGGGACUGGAAAUCACCACCCUGAUGGGGAACAUGAAGCUGAACCAAGAAUUGGACGCCAUGUCUCUGAACCGCAGCCAAGAGGAAAGCCUGGGUCAUUUCCACGUGGACCCCGUCACCGGCCACUUAGCCACUGUGACUUUGGAUCCUAAACGCUCCGCCGGGUUGCCGCCAAACGCUGAUGACAUGUAGAAGCUAUAAUUUCUUUGAUCAGUCAUCAUUCUUUUCUUAAGGCUGCUUUUUUAGUUCAAUCAUGUCUUGAAAAUUCUGUUUCUGCAGUCCUGUUUUUGUGAUGCUCUUUUUUUUAUCCGUUUGUGCAUUUUUGAUUGUUCCACUCUAAUUGUCUCUCAACUUGCGCCAUUUCGAGCCACAAGCGAUUACCGCUAGUGUGAUCUCACAGGGCAAUAGCUUCAUUCCCUUUAUUGUGGAGGGUAUGUUUCAGACUCAUAGGUGAAAAUCUGCAAUAUGCAAAAACAUAUAAAAACAUUCUUUGUAUAAUUUCACACCUCCCAGAUGCUUUAAACUUAUUAAAACUCACUUUUUAAAGU